GGGGCCGGGGACGUUGGCCGGGGAGGCCCUUCUGGGGAGCAAGGAGAGGGGAGUCAGAGGUCCUUCCUUGCUAGGGAGCUUCUCGAGAGACAAAAAGGAAACCUGGAGAAGGAAGUAAAAGGCCUUCCCGGCCUCACAGGAAGCUCGGUGUAAAGCCCCUUCCCCGGCGCAGGAGGUGAGGGAGUCCACAGACCUGCAGGGGGACAGGCCGGAGCCUGGCCUGUCUUGGGGCCUGCUUUCCGCCAGAUCCCCAGAGCUUGGGGUCCCCCAAAUGGGCUCUGCGCCUCUGCAUGGGAAAACCCUUUUCUCUUCCCCUUCUCAGCCUUCCGAGGGAACUGUGGGCAUGAAAUGGGGAGGCCACAGGGCGUCUGCUUCCUGCUCACACUGCCCUCCGCUGGCCCGCGACCCCAAAGCGGACUGAGCCGGGGGACCCCAGAGCCCGCGAGGGAGGCCAGACACUGCCGAGAGGGGCGUCGGGCGCCUUCAGAACCUCCCCCAAAGGCCCACCCUGGGACCCCUUCCCCAGGCUUGCGCGUGUCCUCGGGGGGCCCCGAUCUCGGACUCCUCUCCUUUGACCAGCCCUGAGCCCGGGGAGAGCCCGAGAUAAGGGGGGCCCUUUCCGCGGCAGGCUGGCUUCUCUCUGGAAAAGAAAACACAGACAUGCCCGUUUCUCUGGCCCCCGCCUGCCUGCCUGUCUGUCCUGCUCUGGCGCGAGCACGGCGCAGGGUUUGUGCAGGGGCUGCUUUUCCCGGCCCCUCGCACCCCUCCCCACUGGUGUCUUUCUUCUGGCACGCCGGUUUGGGCCCCCCCCCUCCCCCACCGCCCGACGAUGGCCCUGGCAUUUCAGAAGCCACCAUUUGCCCCCUGCUGGCCUCUCCAGUAUACCCUCGCAGAGGCCAGGCGGGAGGUUGCCUGGCAGGAGUGUCUGGGGGCGGGAAUGGCACAGUGUCAGAGGACCCUCAGGCAGCACCGCGUCUCUUGGGCUUAGAGGCUCAGUGGAUAUGAUGAGUAGACUCCCAGCCUCUGGGUGCGAGGGGCUGACAGCCUGUUGCCUCGCCAUCCGUUCCUGAUGGGCCCAUUGCCCCUGGACGGGAGGACCGCAGGCGGACAUGGUGAAAACUGAGGCCGGCUGGCUGUGGACAGUGCCUCUCGCCGCACCGCUGCGUGCCAUUUUUACUUCGUGGGAGGGAUUGGGGCAAAGCGCGUCGAGAGCUCCUGCCUGGGCCCGGACCUGGUGCGAGAAGACGAGCCAAACAAGGAAGCCCUGAGCCCCGCCAGCCCUCCCCCAAAUUGUGGCUGCCCAGAGUCCAGCUCGCCUAGCCCCUUCCUCCGGCCAGGAUGCAGCUUGAAGAAAGGCCAGCAGAUGGCACCACGGCAGAUGCCGCACCUGGGCAGAGGCGAGAAGGAGCCAGGGAAGGGGCGGCCACGGCCGUGGAGGCCCCCCGGAUCCUAGGUCUGUGGAAGACCGCUAGGCUAGCGGAUCAGUGGGAAGCGAGGUUGGCACCCCAGGCCUGCAGUCGGAAAGGCCCGAGUUCAAAUCCAGCCUCAGAUCCAUAGGAGGUGUGUGACCUCAUUUAUUGUUUGGUCAUUUUGCGCUGAUGUUUGUGACCCCAUUUGGGACACUAGAGAUGGUGGCAGUCCAAAAUGGCUUAUCAUUGUCUUCUCCAGCUCAUUUUACAAAUGGGGAAACUGAGGCCAGCAGGGAUUCCCGUGGGGUCACACAGCUAAAGUGUCUAAGGACGGAUUGGAACUGGGAAGAGGAGUCUCGAUCUGACUGCGGGCCUCCCAAGUGCUGUGGGUGCGACUUCUGGCGGGGCUUCAUCGGCCUCAUCAAGAGCUGAGCACCGGGCCAGGCCGGAGCAGACACCCAGGCAGCUCGGCCGCUCCCUGGUGGCCUGCCGGGCUCCUGGCCGAGCCGUCAGCCUUCUGGGAAGUGCCUUCAGAGCGGCCUGGAGGCCGGACAAUCCUGGACUCCAAGAGCUGUGGGCUCCGGGCCCGGGCUGGGGGGAGGAACGCUCCCCUCCGGCUCUUCCCGCUGCCCUCUGAGAGACUCUAGCGCUUGGUUCUGGGACAGAGAUCGAAUCCAGCUUCAGACUUAGUCGCGAGGUGACCCUGGGCCAGUCAUUUAACCUGUCUGCCUCAGUUCCCCCCUCUGCACAAGCAUGGUAAGGACGGGCUCUGCGGCAGAGCUCGUGAACCUGGCAGAGGUGGCGGGAGCCGCUCCCUGGACGGUGGGAGCCUGUCCUGUCCUCAGGGACAGGAGGCGGAGGUCAAGUGACUUGCCCAGGGUCACACGGCUCUCUCAGGCUGGAUGUACGGCCCAGCUGCUUUGGAGACGCCAUGGAAGGAGCCAGUCAAGAACCCCGCCCCCACAAGCCUCCCAGCGCUGCUGGCCUCAGUUUUCUCCUCUUAACCAUGGGCCGAAGGAGGCGUGCCCGCCCCGGAGGAUCUUGGGAACCUUGCCUGAAUCCCUUCGCCCAGGGCCUGACACCUAGCCUGAGGGGGGCGGCUUCCCCAUGUCAGGGCCCCCAGGACCCGCCAUCUUUAUUCCCUUCGCUGCCUGCCUUCCCUCCCCCUCCGGGCGAGCUGCCUGCCUCAGUUUCCUCCAUCAUCUCGGCCUCUCCCAGCCGGUUGUGGGGGGGAUCCAGGGAGCUAACGGGAGGGGAGCCUGCUGGCUGGGGCCGGCCCAAGGAGAGGCCGAGGCCUGGCACUUUCUGCGGGGCAAGGGGGCCUCCCCACUCUGGGGCCAGGCCGGAGCCGCGUCCCGAGACCGCCCGGGGGCUCCCAUUUGCUUGUGCGUUUACUCCAUCAUUCCCUUCUGGUCGGCCGACCGGCCGCUUUCCCUGGUCCUCCAGGCGAAGAGAGCGGCCCUUCUCGAUGGUGCCCCUUCUGCCAAGCCCUCCUAGCCCGAGAGGCCGCUCGUCUCUAUGGUCGGGCGGGGCGGGGCUCUCCCCGGUAUUUCCGAGACCGCCAUUCUUCCAGCAGGGCCUCGUCUCUCUGAUCCUAUCGCCUACCGUCCUGCGUGUGACGUCACUUCCCAUGCCUCCCUCAGUCCCGCCUCUCGAAAUUGAGGCCGGAAGUGGGUGCCGGACAAGAAGAGAGCAACCUUACAGAGAAGGGCUAGAGGGCCGGGGCGGCCGCAGUCCGACCAGAGGGGGCGCUGUGGGGCCGGGGGGAACCUAAAGGCGCAGGGGGACGGCCAUGGCGACCUCGGCGGCGGCCACGGCCCCGGCCCCGGCUUCUGCGGCGGCCGCCGAGGCGGUCCACUACAUCCACCUGCAGAACUUCUCGCGCUCGCUGCUGGAGACCCUCAACGGGCAGCGCCUGGGCGGCCACUUCUGCGACGUGACGGUGCGCAUCCGGGAGGCGUCGCUGCGGGCGCACCGCUGCGUGCUGGCGGCCGGCUCGCCCUUCUUCCAGGACAAGCUGCUGCUGGGCCACUCGGAGAUCCUGGUGCCGCCGGUGGUGCCGGCGCAGACGGUGCGGCAGCUCGUGGAGUUCCUGUACAGCGGCUCGCUGGUGGUGGCGCAGAGCGAGGCGCUGCAGGUGCUCACGGCCGCCUCCAUCCUGCAGAUCAAGACGGUCAUCGACGAGUGCACGCAGAUCAUCUCGCAGGCGCGCGGCGCCGCCCGGGGGCCCGACGAGGGGGCGCCGGGGCCCGCGGCGGAGCUCUGCGCGCCGGGCCCGGGCGCCGAGGUGCGCUACAAGCUGCGCGACCUGCUGUCGGCACCGCCGCCGCCGCGCUCGGCCGUGGCCGUGGACGCGGGGCCCCACGGCUGCCACAGCCGCAAGCAGAGGCAGCCGGUGCGGCUGCAGCUGCUGGAGCCGCCGGCCGUGGCGGUCAAGGACGAGGAGGCCGAGGCCUCGCCGGGGCCGGGGGGGAACGAGGGGGCCCGGGAGGGCCCGGGCCAGGGCGACGGGCCCGACGAGGAGGACGAGGAGGACGAGGAGGACGCCGAGGACGGGGCGGAGGACGAGGAGGGCAGCGGGGGCUGCUUCGGUCCGUGCGGGGGGGCCGCCUUCUUCGGCGAGGGGCUCAAGGAGCCCCGGAAGGAGCCCCCGGCCCCGGGGCCGGAUCUGGCCGCCUCAGAAGCCCCCGGAGCCAGGGACUAUUUCGGGGGGGCCUCCGAAGAGGGGUUCCCCGACGGCUUCAUCCCCGUGUGGCCCGGAGACGAGGUGGCCGAGGGGGCGCCCCGGGAGGCGGCUCCCCCCCCCCUGGACGGGCCCCCCCAGACUCCCGCCCGUGCCGACUGCGGCUUGGGGCCCGCUCCGAGCUCUGCCUUCGGACCUCGGCCCCCCGAGCCCCGGGCCCUGGGCUUCGGCGGCCCCUCCUCGACGGGGGGGAAGAGCUCGGGGGCCCCCGGCCUCUUUCCCUUCCAUCUGCCCGCGCCUCCUCCGGGGCCCCCCCAGCCUCCGGCCUUCUUCAGCCCCCUCCAGCCCGAAGGUCCCGCGGGCGGAGGCGGAGGCGCCGCCCCGGCCUCCUCGGCAGCCCCUGGCCUGGGGGGGCUGGGCCCCCUCCCUCUCCAGCACGGCGACGCGCCUGCACCCCAGGGGCCCGGCCUGCGGCCCCCCGACCUGCCUUCCUACGAGUGCAGCCACUGCCAGAAGAUGUUCAGCUCGCGCAAGAACUACACCAAGCACAUGUUUAUUCACUCAGGGGAGAAGCCUCACCAGUGCUCCGUGUGCUGGCGCUCCUUCUCGCUGCGAGACUACCUGCUCAAGCACAUGGUGACGCACACGGGCGUCCGCGCCUUCCAGUGCUCCGUGUGCUGCAAGCGCUUCACCCAGAAGAGUUCGCUCAACGUGCACAUGCGCACGCACCGGCCCGAGCGCGUGCCCUGCCCCCUCUGCGCCAAGGUCUUCUCCCACCGCACGCUGCUGGAGCGGCACCUCAGCUCCCACCCGGCGCCCUGAGGCUCCCGAGGGCCCCCGGCCUGCCCGGGACCUGGGAUGCUGCUGAAGGGGGGCCGGGGGGGCCGGGGGAGGGGGGCCCCAGGGGGCAGGGGGGGCCGGGGGGGCCGGGGCCUUCCUCC